UCUUGGCGGUCGCGGAGCCGGCGAGGAGGAACGGCGGUAGAAGGCAGCAGCGGCAGCUCUCUUGCCUCAGCGGCCUGUCCUUUGCGACUCCCCCACGAUGUCCUCUGUGCCGGAUGCGGCUGUCGGAGACGAGCUGAAGCAAGCGAAGGAGAUGGAGGACGCCGAGAAAUACUCCUUCAUGUCCACCCUUAGCAAGGCGCCCAAGAAGCAAAUCCAGUUUGCAGAUGAUAUGCAAGAAUUCACCAAGUUCCCAACCAAGACUGGUCGCAGGUCCUUAUCUCGUUCCAUUUCACAGUCUUCCACUGACAGCUAUAGCUCUGCGGCAUCCUACACAGACAGCUCUGAUGAUGAGGUUUCCCCUCGAGAAAAGCAGCAAACUAAUUCCAAGGGUAGCAGCAAUUUUUGUGUUAAAAAUAUCAAGCAGGCAGAGUUCGGGCGCCGAGAAAUAGAAAUAGCAGAGCAAGAUAUGUCUGCACUGAUUUCACUUAGAAAACGAGCUCAGGGGGAGAAGCCUUUAGCUGGAGCUAAAAUUGUAGGAUGUACUCACAUAACAGCACAGACUGCGGUAUUGAUUGAGUCACUGUGUGCACUGGGAGCUCAGUGCCGUUGGUCUGCUUGCAAUAUUUAUUCCACUCAGAAUGAGGUGGCUGCAGCAUUAGCUGAGGCUGGUGUUGCUGUGUUUGCCUGGAAGGGGGAGUCUGAGGAUGAUUUUUGGUGGUGCAUUGACCGCUGUGUUAAUGUGGAUGGAUGGCAGGCCAACAUGAUCUUGGAUGAUGGGGGUGACCUGACCCACUGGGUUUAUAAGAAAUAUCCAAAUAUAUUUAAGAAGAUCAGAGGGAUUGUAGAAGAAAGUGUGACGGGUGUGCACAGAUUGUACCAGCUAUCAAAGGCUGGGAAACUGUGUGUUCCAGCCAUGAAUGUCAAUGACUCGGUCACUAAACAGAAAUUUGAUAACUUGUACUGUUGCAGAGAGUCCAUCUUAGAUGGCCUAAAGCGGACAACUGAUGUGAUGUUUGGAGGGAAACAAGUGGUAGUGUGUGGCUAUGGUGAGGUUGGAAAGGGAUGUUGUGCAGCACUGAAAGCCCUAGGAGCCAUUGUUUACAUCACAGAGAUAGACCCCAUCUGUGCUCUUCAAGCUUGCAUGGAUGGGUUUCGGGUAGUGAAGCUCAGUGAAGUAAUUCGCCAGGUGGAUGUGGUCAUAACUUGCACAGGAAACAAGAAUGUGGUAACUAGGGAGCACUUGGACAGAAUGAAGAACAGCUGUAUUGUAUGUAAUAUGGGUCAUUCCAAUACGGAAAUUGAUGUGGCUAGUCUGCGUACCCCUGAGCUUACUUGGGAGCGUGUACGUUCUCAGGUGGAUCACGUAAUCUGGCCUGAUGGCAAGCGUGUUGUCCUACUAGCAGAGGGGCGACUUCUCAAUCUGAGCUGUUCAACUGUUCCUACCUUUGUUCUCUCAAUCACAGCUACCACUCAGGCUCUGGCUUUGAUUGAGCUUUACAAUGCUCCUGAGGGACGAUACAAACAAGAUGUGUACCUGCUGCCUAAAAAGAUGGAUGAGUAUGUUGCCAGCUUACAUCUGCCUUCAUUUGAUGCCCACCUGACAGAAUUAACAGAUGAUCAAGCAAAAUACCUGGGUCUCAAUAAAAAUGGGCCCUUCAAACCAAACUAUUACAGAUACUGAUGGACCAUAAUGCUGAAGGACCAGACCACAUACGCAAAACAAGAGCUUUAGCAAGAAUAUUUUUAAAGAACGUAUUUUUGUUUCACUUUUUGAAAUAUUUUGUUUUUAUUUCUUCAUGUGAUUUUAUUGUCCCUUUUCAUUCUGAUUUUAAAUAUGUUAUUUCCAUGUCUCUGUGUCUGACCUUGCAGACAACCUGGGAUUUCCCUGCUGCAUCACUACUGAAAUAGUGUGGUUUCAUCCUCUUACCUCCCUCACUAGGGGAGGAUUUCUUUCGGCGAUGAAGGGCAUUUGUUUCCUGUGGUGAUUUUUUUAAAAUUUAAAACUUUCCAGUGCACCUUAGUUCUAGUUAAUAUAUCAUAAAAGUAUUAAGAGUACUAUUUUUUGUGAGGAAAAUUCUAAAUUGCCUUAAUGAGCCCCAAUUUGUUAGCUGCUAGAUCAAUGCUCCUCUUCUUGCACUGGAACAGAGUUGACACCUUGUGUCCACCUAAGAUAUAAACUUAUAUUUAACAAUGCCUAACCCUGAUCCUAAUUAUGAUCUGAGGGAGAGGAGAGUCCUUUUAAUUUCAGUGGGACAAUUUCAAAUACAAACAGUUAUACUAUUUGUUUUUUUUUCAACAUGAAACUCGUAGUUGCAUACAUGGUUACACUAAGCCUAGGUGGAUGUUAGUUCCUCUUUUUGAGAAGUUAGGGUGCUAAUUUGAAUGGAUAUUACCUAUCCAGUGUCUUUGCCUUUCUGCAACUUAGAUUUUAGACUUCUUUCUUUAAGACAAGAUGUACCAAUACCCUAUUUUAAAUAGUAAUGGGUGAGAAUUCCUUUUUCUCCUGGUUGUGAUAAUUUUAAACAGAAUAUGUCAGCAAUUUUAUUGCAGACCUAUUAGUGCUGCCCCAUCAGCCUUUUUGAGCUGAGAUGGUAUUUCCUGUACUCCAGCCCUUCAUUUGCAUUGCACUGGCAAUGUUCAGAUUAUGUAGCAGCUCUAGUUGUUCCGGUCUUAUAAAGAAUGAUUCAUUGUAUAAAGCAUUCCCUCCAUCUUCAGGCUCCAUUUGUAGCAAAUGAAUAUUGAAGGUGGAAUUCCUUCCCAUUGGCACUGCUAUUUUAAGUGCUCUUCUGCUGCUUUUAAUUACCUUAUAUCUGUAGGAUAGUAUAUUCUGUUGAAUUAAUGUGAUGCACUGGUAUCUGUCCUGUGAGAUCACAGUGUAGCCCAGCUUUCAUAUUUUAGUGCCAUAAAAAGUGGAAGUUUCAGCAACUUGGAAGCACACAAUCAGUUAAGAGUGGUUCAAACAAGUGUUGCUUAGUGAUUCACACUUUUGCUGAAAUCUCAGUGGGAAGCAAUGUGAAGAGACUACUAUGAAGCAUGGUGAACACAUAACCAACCUUGAACUUUCUGCCUUUUAUGUAAACUCUGCAGAAAACUUGAUGUAAAUACUGAAUAUAAAAUUCCUAACUCCAUCUUAAUAUACUGUGUCCCACAAUUGUAUGAUCCAUGCUGGGUUAUGUAGGCUAUGGUCUCCCUGAUGGGCCUCCACUGAGAAUAAUGUGUGAUUUGGAGGGUCUCAUAGCCACUAAACCUUUGCACAUUCGUAAUGCCUGCUGUAUAAUUCUGAGAUAGCAAAAUUACUUUUAUCAAUGACCAAAUAGUUGCGUGUUGGCAACUAAGCCUUUUCAAGUAUUCUAGACCAAUGACUCUGACUUGAAUACAGGGGCUCCCUCUCCUUUCAGCAACUCCUAUCCACUCAGUUUCACAGAAUUUGAUUAGCUUUCAUUUAAGUUUGGCCGGGCCAAAUGACCUUUCUUGUUAGUAUAAUGAGCCCAGGACUGUGCGUUUGUCUUGUGUGUUUCCUUUAAGUUGUUCUUUUAGUCUGCCACAUACCAGGGUGGCAUGAGGUGUUUUUUUUUUCCUUUUGUUAAUUGCACAGCUCUAGUACCACAGGUUCUGAUCACUGAACUGGCUUGGAUCCUUCUAAGCCAUGCUGAGAGCAUAUUCCCAAAAGUCCUCCAUUAAGCCCAUGAGGGCCCUUUCAUUCCAUUUGUCUGCCUCUAUGUUGCAGUGUCAAUAGAUACCUUAGCUAAGGGCUCCAUCUCUGUAUAAGCCAUGGAAUAAAUUCUCAUGCCUGGCAACACCUCAGUUCAGUCAGAGGGAGCAUGUUAUAGCAUCAGCCCAGAUGUGGGGAUAGGUUUAUUUUGUAUAUGAAUGAUUUUUAAUGAACGCAAUAUUAAUCCUUGCAGAUGAGCAAUAAAUCAUUACGCAAAGUCUAAAUAAAAUGAUUAGAAAAACU